UUGUAGGAUGACCGUAGUACAUGUAAGUUUGUAUGUUGCUUAGCUUCCCACCCCAAGACAGUUCGAUGGAAGGUCAAGAAAGCAGAGUUGUUGUGGUCAAGCAUAGAGCAAGGCAUCAUCAGGAAGAGGCAAGACAAGAGGCGACUUGGCUUGGACUGAAGAGCCUCACUUUUGAGCGAGCACCUGCACCUGCACUCAUCAGGUUGCUUUCCAACACCACUACUACUCUAUAUACAGCUAGCUACUAUAGACACCUCUGCUAGCUAGAGACAACUCUAUCAGAUCAGCCUUCCAUCAUUGCCUGAACCUACUGAGCCCAUCUUAUAGAGAGCUAGUAGAAGACUUGACUUAAGCUGAGCUAAGAGAUUGACCUUCAAUCUCCACUCCUCUCUCCUUCCUGAACCUUAUCUUAUCUUAUCAUGUCCUUCAGCAAUGCCAGUAGAUCUAUGCAUACCUGCAUUGGUAUCACUAGUAAUAAGAGAAAGAGAAGAAGACCAACUUCAUCAGACCCUCAAGACCCUCGCUCUCAAGACUUUCAAGACUUUCAAGCUCAGUCAUUGGCAUGUGCAUUGCCUUAUCAAGAUGCUACCCAUCCUGAUCCAUAUACCCCAUAUACCCCAUCUCCAUACACCUCCUCGAAUGGCAAGAAGACCAACUUCUACACUUACCAUCUGAUCAACCUGAUCAACCUGCUAUUGCUACUACUCCCUUAUCUUCCCUCCAGUCAAGCAGCAGCAUUGGGCACUCGAGUUGUAGGUGGAACCGACGUUUCAGAUCCCCACGCAUUUCCCUACUUUGCCCAGUUGGCCGAUGCCAGUUGUGCCGCUGUACUCAUUCACGACGACUUUCUACUGACAGCAGCGCACUGCGAACGACGCACACAUCCCUUUUACAAACGAGCUCUAUUCAUGUCUACAGAAAUACGAGAAGGAACGCUGCGGACCAUUGAAUACACACGGGCGCAUCCCUCCUAUCUUCCCACGCUGCAAGACUAUGACUUUGCAUUGCUCAAACUCAGUCAAAGUGCACUGGUCGAUGAUCACGGACAACCCACGGGAAUGCAAAUCCUACCCAUCAAUCGAAGUCCCAACUAUCCCGAACCGGGAGAUCCACUCGUCGCCAUGGGAUUCGGGAAAACGGCCGAAGAUGCCCAUGGCAUGAGUGCAUCCUUGCAACAGGUACAGAUUGACUAUAUUAGUGAUGACACGUGUCGUCGACAGUACGGAGCUGAUCAGUUCCUAGACGAUGUCAUGUUCUGUGGGGGUGUCACGGGAGGUGGGAAGGAUACUUGUCAAGGCGACUCGGGAGGUCCCGUGGUCGAUGUCACACGAGGAGUACUGGCCGGAGUCGUCAGUUACGGCAUUGGAUGUGCCCGCGAACGAUUCGCGGGCGUCAAUGCUCGUGUUUCCUCUGUCGCUUCUUGGAUUGAUGAAAUCAUUUGCGAAGCAUCGGACUUUCCACCGCCGUAUUGCACACCGCGAGCGGCACCGCCACUGCCCAGUGGGGUCGUUACGGUCAGAGUUACCAAUGAAACCAUGGGCGCCAUGACACUCUACAUGACACUCGACGACUAUCCACUCGAAUUUGCAUGGAGUUUGACCUAUCUGGGACAACCAAAUACCAAUACCAACAGUAACAACAACAACAACAACAAUGCCGCAAUCAUCCAGGACCCAUCCUCUCUGUCUUCGUACUUGAUGCCCACCAAAAAUGAACUCUAUGUUCUACUACCCGAUUCCAUUGAAGAAGAGGAUGCUGAGCUCGAAGAAAGCUUUGACAACUUGAGACCGGGACAGUACGACCUAGAAUUUGGUGAUAAUGGACUCGAUGGCAUUUGCUGCAACUUUGGCGAUGGAAAACUGGAACUCGUCAAUGACUUGACGGGAGAAACCGUUUGGGAACACGAUGGACAGUACCGGGGAUAUCUACAAGUGCGCAUCCGGAUUGAUUCCACUACGGGUGACAUUGCCGUCGUUUACGAAUCGGAACGAUUCCGACCAAGUUGGGAACAACUCGCGUCGCCCAAUUAUCCACCCGAGUUUGAUACCGAAUGGCCGGGACCGGUGCCCGAAGCACCACUCUUUUCCUUCAAUAUCAAUUUCAAGUUUGAUGCCUAUCCUUUUGAAUCCGACUAUGAUGUCUUGUACACACCCGGCGUCUUGGAAGAUUCCGCACAAACGCUCACCGAAUUGCCCGAAGAACAAUGGACUACCAUUGACAGCAUGGAUGGGAUUCGCCAUGGGAUACACAAUCGUCUCGUGCCACGUCAAUACGUCCAACAGGAAGCGGGAUGGUAUUGGCUCAAGGUAUCUGACUUGGGGAAUAAUGGCAUUUGCUGCCAGUUUCGUCGGGGAUGGAUCAGUAUCAUGGCACCCAUCAUCACCACUAUGGACAAUGGAUUUGUCUGGGGAAGUGAUGGCGAAUAUGGAUCGGGGGUGAACGUGUACUUUUUCAUCAACGAAGAUGGAUUCGUCGCUCAUGUCUAUUGGAUAGUUGCGGAAGAUGCGGUGACCAGCACUGCUACUUCCAGAAGUGGCGAGGCAGAUGGCUUUGGUCAUGAUGGAACAACAAGUGAUCAGAAAGAUGAUGGCGACGAUACAAGCGCCACAAACAGCAACGACAAUACAAAGCCACAGAAUCGACACUACUCCCGGCGGCUUUAGCAUUAUCAUACCGCUAACUCAAGGAAGGGAGGCCGGUGGCUAUAUAUUAUGCCGCAGACAGAUAGAUGUCUCGUAAAAGUAAAUAGACUGGCCAAAACCACUAGCUUAGAAGACCGCACGACUUCCUAGUUAUAAAAUAAUACUGCAAGGUACAACU